UCUUCGGGAGAGCUUGAGUACUCAGUCGGUCAGCAGUACAGUAGCAGGCUCACAUGUGCGGACUGUUCCUGUGAGGUCAGAGCAUCUGUUUAUACUGCUGUCUGCUUGAGGGGGGUGAUGUGGUGAACAGGGGAUGUGCCUGUCAAAGUCAAUAGCGAUUCUGGCAGAGGCUUCCUUCGGCUUUGCACAUCAGCACUGUUUUGAUAGAUAAGAGAUGCUACUGUGUAACUGUUUGAGAUUUGUAGUGGACUGAGGAAUGCUUGUUCUGGCUGCUGAAACUGACUGUAACUGUAUUGCCUUAGGAGCAUCAUCAUGGGGUCAAGUGCUACAGAAAUUGAAGAAUUGGAAAACACCACUUUUAAGUAUCUCAUAGGCGAACAUACUGAAAUAAUGUGGCAACGCCUGAAAGGAAUACUAAGAUGCUUAGUGAAGCAGCUGGAAAGAGGUGAUGUUAAUGUCGUUGACUUAAAGAAGAACAUUGAAUAUGCAGCAUCUGUGCUGGAAGCAGUUUAUAUCGAUGAAACAAGACGGCUGCUGGAUACUGAUGAUGAGCUCUGUGACAUUCAGUCUGAUGCAGUCCCAUCGGAAGUCCGAGACUGGUUGGCUUCUACCUUUACACGGAAAAUGGGGAUGACAAAAAAGAAACCUGAGGAAAAACCAAAAUUUCGGAGCAUUGUACAUGCUGUUCAAGCUGGAAUUUUUGUGGAAAGGAUGUACAGAAAAUCCUUUCACCUGGUUGGUUUGGCAUAUCCAGCAGCUGUCAUAGUAACAUUAAAGGAUAUUGAUAAAUGGUCAUUUGAUGUAUUUGCCCUAAAUGAAGCAAGUGGAGAACAUAGUCUGAAGUUUAUGAUUUAUGAACUGUUUACCAGAUAUGAUCUUAUCAACCGUUUCAAGAUUCCUGUUUCUUGCCUAAUUGCCUUUGCAGAAGCUUUAGAAGUUGGUUACAGCAAGUACAAAAAUCCAUAUCACAAUUUGAUUCACGCAGCUGAUGUCACUCAAACUGUGCAUUACAUAAUGCUUCAUACAGGUAUCAUGCACUGGCUGAAUGAACUGGAAAUUCUAGCAAUGGUCUUCGCUGCUGCCAUCCAUGAUUACGAGCACACGGGGACCACAAACAACUUUCAUAUUCAGACAAGGGAUCUUCGGAACCUAGUGAUUGAAAUGGUUUUAUCUACAGACAUGUCAGGUCACUUCCAGCAAAUUAAAAACAUAAGAAACAGUUUGCAGCAGCCUGAAGGGAUUGACAGAGCCAAAACCAUGUCCCUGAUUCUCCACGCAGCAGACAUCAGCCACCCGGCCAAAACCUGGAAGCUGCACUACCGGUGGACCAUGGCCCUGAUGGAGGAGUUUUUCUUACAGGGAGAUAAAGAAGCUGAAUUAGGGCUUCCAUUUUCCCCACUUUGUGAUCGGAAGUCAACCAUGGUGGCCCAGUCACAAAUAGGUUUCAUUGAUUUCAUAGUAGAGCCAACAUUUUCUCUUCUGACAGACUCAACAGAGAAAAUUGUUAUUCCUCUUAUAGAGGAAGCUUCAAAAGCCGAAACUUCCCCCUAUGUGGCAAGCAGCUCAACCACCAUUGUGGGGUUACACACUGCUGAUGUGCUAAGACGAUCAAGUGCCAAAGGCUCCACGAAUGAUGGGUCCUUUUUCCCAGACUACUCCCUUGCAGCAGUGGACCUGAAGAGCUUCAAAAACAACCUGGUGGACAUCAUUCAGCAGAACAAAGAGAGGUGGAAAGAGUUGGCUUCACAAGGUGAAACUGAUCUUCAUAAGAACUCAGAAGACUUAGUAAAUGCUGAAGAAAAACAUGCUGAUACACACCCAUAG